AUUGAACUGACCAAGAAACUGUUCACGUUCAUGUUUUCGUAACCUUUCCAAACAUUUCACCAGUUUGUGUGUAGCACCUCAACUUGAAUUUUCUAAAUAAUCAAUUGUUGAAAAAGUGUUUGCAAAUCCACUUUUGUCGCAGUAAUCAGCAAUAACUCUAAUGGGAAAACUUACGACGAAUCCGUCGCAUUCAACAACAUCGUCAUCGUCAGCAUCAUCAUCCGCUUUAUCAAAACAAGUGUAUCAACACAGAACUUUGGAGCAAUUUUCGAAUGAAUUGCUGCAAGAAUGCAAAUCCUGUACCGACAAUUCGCGCCUCACCAAAGGGCUACGCGACCGCCUGGAGCGACUGCCGCGAAAAAUGCGAAAGGAGGUUGUGAAACGGAUGAGCGACGACUGCUCACCACUAUUCAUUGCCUGUCGCCGAGGAAAUGUGCACAUCACGGAGUAUUUGAUUACGGUGUGCGAAGCAGACAGUGAACAGAAAGGAAUGUACGAAGUUCCCGAAGAUCGCUCUGUCCACUGCGUUACUCCGCUCUGGUGUGCCUGCGUGUCCGGCAAGCUUCCGGUGGUGAAAUGUCUCGUCCGUCUUGGUUCCAACAUUAAUGCACUCUCGGACACCGGAUCAACGCCGUUACGUAGUGCCUGCUUCAUGACCCACAUCGAUAUUGUUCAAUUUUUGGUGGAACACGGAGCGGACAUAAAAAAGCCAAACUACAAUGGAGGUACGUGUUUGAUUAACUCCGUGCAGUCGGUAACGCUGUGCACGUACCUGAUCAGCAAAGGAGCGGACGUGAAUGCCCGUGACAUUCAGAACAAAACGGCACUACAUUACGCUAUUCAGGAGCACCGUUUGGAAACGGCUCAAUUGUUGCUGGAGCACGGUGCCGAUCCAUUCGCCAAAUCGCACUAUGGCGACGAUGCGCUUCAGACUGCCUGCCUCAAGGGAGCCUACCACAUAUUCGAUUAUUUGAAAAAGCGCAUCAACUACUCUGCCGAACGUCUGGCUGAUGCACACGAACUGUUCGGAUCAACACUGAUUGAUGAUCUGAACGUGACGCGUGGUGCAGUGCUCCACUGGCGGUUGGCGCACCAGAUUCGCUUGCGGGAAGCCGAAUAUAUACCUAAGAAACCCACUAUGGAUCCGCGGGCGGCUUACGGAUAUGCUUCCGAGUUUACCACAAUCCCUGAACUUGACAAUAUUGCAGCAGACAUGGACGCCAUGCGCGUGCAAAGUUUGCUCAUCUAUGAACGCAUUCUCGGCAUUGACCACAGGGAUACACUGUUUCGAUUAAUGUUCCGGGGAGCAUCAUAUGCCGAUGCACAUCGCUUUCAGCGUUGCGUUGACCUGUGGCUGCUCGCACUACAGGUACGGGUGCAAAAGUAUUCCAUCUUGUACUCGGACACAUGCUUGACGGCACAGGCUCUCGUACGCUUGAUGUUGGAUCUGAUCGAUGGGUAUGACGAAAUGAUGCCCGUGGAAUUAUACGAAGGAAGUGUACCGAGGUUCGAGGACGUGUACGCCGUCUUUAGCAUCCUGACCGCCAACAUAGCGGUGGCCCGGCAACUCAUCACCAUCCGGCCAGUUCAUCGAAAGCAGCAGGAAAACUUUGAUCGCGUGAUGAAAUGCCUUACGCACUUGAUAUAUCUAAUGCUUGCCACAGCCAAAACGGAAGCGGAUCGUCACGCAAUCUACAAAUCGGUGCACACGCUUGUCCACAGCAAAGUGAGCAGCGCCAUUACCAAUGACACUUUACUACAUCUAUCCGUGUCGCGUUUGAACGUGAUAAAGAGUGGCUAUUUUAGCGACGAUUCCACUUCACUCAGAAUCGUGUUUCCCAGCUUGAACGUGGCUAAGCUGCUGCUCGACUGUGGAGCGGAUGUGAAUGCAAAAAAUGAAUCCAAUUCCACACCUCUGCUGGUUGCUGCUAUGCCUUACAACUAUGAUCGAGAUGUGAUUCAUACGUUACUUGAGUACGGCGCACAUUUGGAUGAGCCAAAUCGGCAGGACGAUCGUCCGUUAAACUUAAUACGCAACAAUCCCAUCAACGACAUUCCGACGUUAAAUUAUCUUCCACUCAAGUGUCUCUGCUCGACAGUGAUCGUGCGGUUUGGCAUACCGUACCGCAACCAGAUACCGAGAACGCUUGAAGAAUUUGUCAAACGACACGAACCGUACUAAGCGAAAUGGUUUAGAGCUCACCGGAAGGAUGCGUUGUUAUGGUGAUGGUAUAGCUGUUCGUAAGUAUCCUUUCAGGAUUAGUUAGCCUCAACAUCGAGGUUGAGCGGAACCACUUGUCUUUCGUGUUUGGGUUCAGCUAUGUUCUAAAUCUGUGAUUUUUGUAGUGCUCUAUCGGUAGAAUUCAAUUUAAAAAUCGUUUGCAACAAUUAAACCCAUGUUUUACUAUUGCAGCGAAGUGUCUAGGAGCUAUUCGUCAAUUUCUUAGCAAUAAAAAGCUUUUUUGAAAACAUUCAACAAAGCCAUAGGGAACGGUAGAAUAUGAAGUUGUGGAUAGAAAGCAAACAAAACCACUCCAAAUAAAAUACAAUUUGCAAGUGCUGGUUCAAUUUCACAAAACUAUUACAGACACCUAGUACGUUGCAUACACUACAAAGGCAAAGCAAAAAAAUUAGGAACCUUUAAUAACAGUUCCGGAACUAGUGCUGCAGAUGAAAUAUUUAGAAUUGCGCAAGUAUUAGAUGAGCACACUAAACUGUUACACGCUAAAAUAUACGUUUCAAAGGCUUAAUUGUGGGAUAUGGCUACUAUAACUACUGCAAUACAUAACCAAACGUAAUACAGUAUAUAGCACCAACUAUAGAUAAGCUUUUGGAACGAUUGCUACCCAUGUACUGUGGAAGUUACUAGAGUUGAGAUUUACUUUUAGUUAUAACUGUUCAGUUCACAUGGACCGGUUAAAUAAUUGUGUCUCCAAUGCACGUCCCACUUCUGGUUCACAGGUCGACUUAUGGUUCAGCCUUCGUGUCUCAAUGAUUAUGAGUAAUUUAAGCUUAAGUUAGCCAAGCCAAAUAAAAGACAGAAGUACAAGAUCCGGCCUCUGGUUACUGAAGGAGAAAAGCAUGUCGCUCCAACAAACCUAUAUUUCUUCCACCGAUUAUGUUAUGAAGUGUGUUAAAAAUAAAUCAUGAAAUGUUUAUUACGCUACUAAUCUAUGAUAGCAAGAUUGUACCGGAGCUAAUACUUAUACCCCACAGCAACUAAAAAACUUGAAGCAUGUGUGCUAAAUGUUUAAAUUGCAUCUGGCCAGUGCUAUUCUGCUCGACCGUUUUUAAUUACAAUUCACAAGAGAACAUCAUUAACAUUUUCUUUUUGAGGAAGACAUUUUGUACCCGUGAAGUAUGAAGCGAAAAUAUCCAAAGUUUCGUUACAAUGUUUUAACAAUUUACAAUACACACGGUAGUUUCAUUUUCAAUGAUGCGCAAAAAUUGUAUACUCCAAAAUUCAAAAAUUCUUUUAUAAGAAUUUAUUUAUUAUUUUAUUAUUAAGAAUUUUAGUUAUUUCAGACUGAGUUGGCUUCUUGACGAGGAUUCCUUCAUCAGUUACAUUAUAGUUUAAGCAUGCGGAAGAAAGUUACACAAAACUACCACCUACAAUAAAAAUACUGCUUUCAUGGCGCGACUAAAAGCCCACAUACAUCUGUGUACUAGGCGUUAGCGAAACAAAGCCCACAAUUAGAAUGGUGUUUAGGAACGAUUAUAUUAACGAAUAAUUGUGAUUAUAAUCCGAAACAGCAAAUGCAAGUAUUAGAUACAAAGAGAGACAUAUAAACCCCAAAUGCGUAACCGAUAAAUGUGUGAAUUUGAGUACGGAAAAAUAUCUCACAUAUAGGAGUGAUAUAGUGGCAUAUAAAACAAAGAAAACUACAAUAAAAUUAAAAUA